AUGUCGAGCAAAAAACUUCCACCAAAGAAUGAUCCUGAACGUACCGCUACUGAGCAAGGAGCGUUGAAAACUGCUGAAAAGACAACUCAAGUUGCCGCGGCGGAAGGAAAACUUCCAACAACCGAACAAAUUUCGACGACUAUUGAAUCAAUUCAAGACUCCGAUGUUAUUCAUGAAAGUGGACGCGAAAUGUCUCCUUUGGGUAAAAAG